AUGCCCCCCGCACACAUACCAAUCUCUCUCUUCGCCAACACCCAACUCUCCCUCCUACACACCGAACACCAAGCCGAAAUCUCCUCCUCCUCACUCGCCAGCACAGCCGCAUCUGUCUCUCCGUCAACAAGAAGAACGCUACAAGCAACCGGUUACGCGUUAACGGGGCUGAUACUAAGCCAGACGAAGACGGGGCUUGGGGGACGAGUAGUUGGUGAGUUUGGGGCGGAUCCGGCGACUGCAACUGCAACAAAGGGGAAGGAUAAGGAUGAGAAAGGUAAUGGGGAGGCGGGGUUGGGUGCGCAUGGGAUACGCGUUGGGGAUGUAGUGAGAGUGAAUGAUAUCGGGUCUGGUGCGAAAAGAACUGGGAAAGAGAAGGAGAAGGAUAAGUCAAAGGACAAUGGUGCGAAAGGACUCGAAGGCGUGGUGACGAGAGUUGGGGAAAGGGCAGUUUGGAUUGCAUUCGGGCAGAGAGGUGGGAAUACGGGAUCGCGGUCGAGGGAGGAUGACGAGGCGAUUGAGGAGUUGUGGGGGAAGAAGUUAUGGCUGAUCAAAUUGGCCAACGAUGUGACGUUUCGACGGAUGAACCAGACGAUGGAGAAAAUGGCCAAGAUGACAGAGAACGAGCAUUCGCAUUUCAUGCGCGUUGCGUUUGGGUAUACGACGCCGCUGCAGGUCGACUAUGAAGGUGUCGGUGCUGUGGAAUUCACCGAUCCAACUCUGAAUGACUCGCAGAAGGAAGCCAUUCGAUUCGCACUCGCGUCCAAGGAUGUUGUUCUCAUUCACGGUCCGCCAGGGACAGGAAAGACACAUACUUUGAUUGAGUUGAUCCUGCAGAUGGUGCAAAGGAAUCAGCGAGUUUUGGUCUGUGGACCGUCAAACAUCUCAGUGGACAAUAUUGUCGAGAGACUAGCACCGAAGAAAGUCCCUGUUGUGCGGAUAGGACAUCCAGCCCGUCUGCUGCCGUCUGUCCUAGAGCAUUCUCUCGAAGUGUUAACCCACACAUCCGAGGCAGCUGGUAUUGUCAAGGACGUUCGUGCUGAAAUCAACGACAAGCAAGCCAGUAUCCGUAAGACGCGGACUGGACGGGAAAGGAGAGCAAUCUAUGAUGACCUGAAAGAACUAAGGCGCGAAUUUCGAGAACGCGAAUCCAAAUGCGUGGAUAACCUAGUUCGCGGCAGUAGCGUGGUCCUUUCCACUCUGCACGGAGCUGGGGGCCACCAGCUGAGGAAUUCAAAAUUCGAUGUGGUGAUUAUUGACGAAGCUAGCCAGGCCCUUGAGGCUCAGUGCUGGAUCCCGCUCCUAUCCGCCUCGAAAGUGGUCCUUGCGGGGGAUCAUCUUCAGCUGCCUCCUACGGUGAAAUCAACCGUGCAGAAGUCGAAGGAUUCGAAAUCUCAAAAGAAUGGCAAUAAUCAUGUCGAUCUCAGCCCAGAAGAGAAGGAAAUUGCCAAAAGUAUCUCAUUAGAACGAACUAUGUUUGAUCGACUAUUGUCGCUCCACGGCCCAGGCAUCAAGAAAAUGCUCACUACGCAGUAUCGGAUGCACGAAAGGAUUAUGCGCUUCCCAUCUGACGAACUCUACGAGUCGAAGCUUAUGGCAGGCGAAGCCGUCAAAGCCCGACUACUGAAAGAUUUGCCGUAUGAAAUCGAAGAGACCGACGACACCAAAGAACCCAUUGUAUUCUGGGACACACAGGGCGGGGAUUUCCCCGAGAAAACUGAAGACGACGACAUGGGCAAGAAGGAAGCUCUAUUAGGCGAGAGCAAAAGUAACGAGAUGGAAGCUAUGGUCGUCACCAAGCACGUGGCCAACCUUGUGGAUGCAGGCGUCCGUCCCGAAGAUAUCGCGGUCAUCACGCCGUACAAUGGCCAACUAGCGGUAUUAUCGCAGAUGCUGCGGGAAAAAUAUCCCGGUCUGGAAUUGGGAAGUGUAGACGGGUUCCAGGGUCGAGAGAAGGAGGCCGUCGUGGUUAGUUUGGUGCGAAGUAACGAUGAGCAUGAGGUGGGAUUCUUGGGGGAGAAGCGGAGAUUGAAUGUGGCCAUGACCCGUCCUAGGCGUCAUCUGUGCAUAUGCGGUGACUCGGAGACUAUCAACAGAGGAAGUAGUUUCCUGAAGCGCUGGAUGGCAUUCCUGGAGGAACACGCCGAUCUACGUUAUCCAGAUGCAGGUGAACUGUUGUGA